GUUAAGUAACCGGAAGUGGGAGAAAGGAAGUGGGGAGGAAAACUACACUUCCCACCAGUCCCCCAAAGGCCGCUAGUUUCCUUUCCCUUCCUGAUUAACAGUUCCGCCUUGUUGUUACCAACAGUUGGUUUCUAGGAGAGUUUAGUUGGAUGGAAGAGGUGGGUUUUCCUUGGCAGCAUCUGGAGACAAACGAAUAGGCCGCUUUCUUAACGGCCUCUCGUGAGAGCGAGAGAGUUGAGGGCUUUGCGUUGAGAACCCAGAGACUGCUAGGAAAAGGCAGAUGGAGUCCUUCACUGUGAUGCUGAGUCUACAGACAUAAGUUUGACUGAAGCAUGUCUUCUGAUCAGAGUAAGGGCCUGAUACCUUAGUUGCUAUCUGCAACAGAAAUUUAGAUGUCUCCUGCACCAUGAAAUCAGCCAGUGUUGGAGCCAGUAAACACUCAGUGCUUCCUCCCAUCAUCCCAGAGACUGAGAAAGAAUUUCUGGAGGGCAUUCAGAGUUAUAUCAUUUCAGAAAUUGAAAAAGUGGGCUGUACUGAGCAAGGACCAGCAGAGGAUUAUUACAUAAUAUACAGAAAUGUGUUUGAAAUGAUAAUUGAGCAUGUUAAUGCAUACAAAAGCAUUUUGACCACUAUCAAGCAAGAAUAUGAUGCUUUUAUAGAAGCAAUAAAGAAGGGCCAGCAUGAUGCAUUUUAUCUUCAUGGAAAAUUAAAAACGUUAGCAUGCGAAUCUUCAACUUUAAUGUAUUAUAAGAAAAGAAUAACUCAACUGGAAGAAAAAGUGAAAAGAAUUGAGAGGAAUUCUGCAAGAACUGAGAGUUUAAUACAGAAACUAAAAGGUUUAAGGUUAACACUCUUAGCAAAAGAAGAUUUAUCUUCAGUCAAGAAAGUUAAUCCUGCUAAAAAAAUUCCAGGUCUUAACUUGAAAGACUCUCUUGAUAUAGAUGCCCUUUCUAACCACUUAGAUCAUCUACAACAAAGGUUGAAGGAGUUGAAAGAAGACAUGCUGACAAAAUACAUUCCCAUAGAAAACACAGCCAAUGUUGAAGGAGACAUGAAUCACGCUCUUCAAAAGCGAAAUAGGGCUGAAAAAACUAAUGAAAACCUGAAGUUUUGUUUUUAUCGGCUAACUCUGUUUGCAAGUGUGAUUGCUAUCUGGGAGAAUACGGACAAGAAUAUUGACACACUGCAGCUGCUCAUCCAUCAAAUGAUAGAAAAUGAGAAACUUGCAAAAGGUAAAAAAACACAUUAG